GUGGGGGGGGGAGUUUAAACAAAAGGCACGUUGCUUAGAAUCUCACCACUCCCCUACCUGGUCGCAGCCCACCCAGCAGCAGACAUUGGGGUUGCAUUGCGGCUAGGGGAUCGGCAGGUCGGGUGGAAUAACCCCCCUUCACCACCGCUUCCAAAACGUGGAAGAGUAGGAUUUUUAAAGUCCCUGUACGCGUGGCUCUCUAGAGCUCCCUCUAGUGGAGGCUCUUCCGCCAGCAGUGGCUGGAACAAAAUAAUGACAGUAGACUGUUUUUAUGUGUGUGUUUUUAUUGAUUAAUUUAAAUGCAUAAUGUGGUGGAGGAUCAUGGUGUACGUAGUCUUUCACGACCAUCAUGAGUCAUAAUUGGUUUCUUUAGGGGUCGGAUCAUCGUGUCGGUAUAAUGUCUAUUUUAAACGAUUGCCUUCCACCAUCCGACAGUCGAUCACAUGCGGGGGCAUAUUGUGCCAAUUGAUUUGGUUCAUCAGAAAACCGGAGGAAUGUUGAAGAGCAAGCAACAUUCGACAGUUUUAUAUCCGAUGUUUCCGACGAUGCUAGGGGUACAUUAUCCCUAUCAUCAUCAUCAGCUGCUUAACAAAAGCUCAGCUUUUUUAAUAUCUACACGUCAUUUUAAACAUUUCAUUGGACUUUUAAACACAUCUCGAGACUGCCAGCUGCAGUCUCUCACUCAGCCUCCGUGACAGCGUGCUCAUGCCACGGCUGCUGUGAUGUGAGCAUGCGCGUGUGUGUAAGCAUUCUCUUUCCCGUGCCCCUUUAGCAAAGUGACUUCAUGUACGUUAAUAAUGAAUGAGGUGAGUGACGUGGGAGUGAGUUGUUGUUGUUGUUGCGUGUGAUGAGCAUGGGGUAACGAUGAUGCUAUGUUUAUCUGCUGUGCCGUGGUUGCGUGUGUUUAAAAUACUAACUCGUGCACUUACUUAUUCUAUGGGUCUUUCGGUAAAGCCACGUAGGUAGAAAAAUAUUAAAAAUAUCACGAUGUUUCGAUCGCAACACAAGCAAUCGUCUUUGGCUAUCUACGUGACUUUGCCGAAAGACCCAUAGGAUAUGUAUUCCUGCAGUCACGAAAGCUUUAAGUCAAGAUUGUGCACUUACUUAGAAAGCUUUACCAUUAAUACCGACAAACAGCAAACCUAUUUGGGCGAAUGUGUUUUUUUAUUACAGUAAUACAAAGUGUAUUUGGUGCAUACUCAUGUUGUGUUUUUCAUUAUUUAAGUAUAUUUAUUUCCAGCCAGUUAUAUUCCCAUUUGCAUCAGCAUGGUGUCAUGAGCUGAAUACAUCGCUUGUUUGCAAUAAGUUGUGCACCACACCGUCAUAGAAUGGACCCAAAUAAUUUCAAACAUUUUUGUUUAUCUGUUUCCAAUCCCCCCCACCCACCCCAUAUUGCAACAAAAAGUUUCACGUUUAAAAUCCGACCUCGCAUAUCCGCCCACACCAGUUAACCGAUCUCACCCACUGCUGCAUUUGUGCACGGUGUAACUGGCAUUUGUUAACAGAUAAUUAUCAGAAAUCUCUUGCAUCUUUUGACCUCGGUCUCCACCCAGCAAGUCCGACAUGCCACGUUGUGCAGCACCAUCGGCAUUUAGUCGUGGGAACAAGAAUCUUCCAUUCACGACUCCAGCAACAAGCGGACAGUGUGAUGAUGAUGAUGUCACCACAUACAUAAUACUGAAGUAGCUACAUUAGCCCUCCCUACCCAAGCAAGACAAGCUUGUUAAUGUCCUCUACGGAAUGUCCGUUGCGUGUCAGUCAAACCUACAGUUUGAAUUCUACGAGGGUUGGAAUAGUCGCAAGUGAAAACACGCAUUUAAUGCGGUGAGUUUUUGUUGUUGCUGUUGCUGUGUAGUAACUGUAAUGAGACCAAUCAACUCUCGCUGCACUUGAGAACCCAGUUUAAUCAGUUGGCAGCAGGAACCCAGAUUUAAAGCCAGGAUCUCAGUGAUGCCAGUGCAGUGAGUCAACAUGGCCUUAACAAGUCCCCUGACCAAUUUGGCCGCCUUAGAUUUUUAUUCUUUCGUGGUACUCUGUUGUAUUCUUGUCGAUGAUUUGGUUCGUGUUGAAACCGAGAGGAUUCGUGAUUGUCAUUCUCUGCUGCUGUCCCCAUCACCAGGAACUCCCUUCCCCCAUACCAUCUGUGCUCUCAGCACCCUGCCCCUGUUUAAGUUCCAGCCUGGAGGCAUUUUACGUCUCUCCUCUGCCUGUGGCUGAAUAUCCCUCUCUAUAAAUAACAAAAAAAAUAUGCCCUAUGUUCCGUACAGCAGCUUUGAGACCGUCAUGAUGCUAUAUAAAUGCAAGUUUUAUUGUAUUGUUAAUCUACAAUACAAUAUUUAAAUGAAGACAAUUCUCAGGACAAUCACAGAAAAACAAAAAACCCACGAAAUACUGGUAUUGUAAUUGUACCAAAUACAUUUUUUGGAAAAUUACAAAAAUUCGUCAUCAGGGAUCAGGAAAUGUACACCUGACUGCACAGCUUAAGAGAGCCCUCUGUAGAUCCAGUUAGAGGAUUUCAUGGCAGGAGUCCGUUAGUGUCUCAUUCCAGGCCUAUUCCUUGGUAAGAUGCUAUGUCUGUCCAGGACUGCGACCGAGCAAAUAUUUCUGCGCCCGGCACGCCACGUCCAACAUCCCGCCUCACCAUACAUGGCUACUAAAGACGUGCUUACUCCAAUCGACCUGGAAAAUAUUCGUUGAGAAAGGAAUGGUGCCGCGUGGCGCUGAAUCGGACGCGGAUCAUCGUGGCGCUCGGGGUGCCGUGAUGUCCCAUCUCGCGAAGUCACGUCUCUUCGCAAACCCCAGCGAGUAGAAGUCAUCGGGGAGACCGACACAUCCGCGCGUCCUUCUUUCGCCUCCCUUCUCCCUGCUCGCCGCCUCUCGAUGGCGUCCAAAACGGAGUGGAGCAACGAGAGUCUGCCCCCGAAGAAGCGCGAGCUGCUGCAGGGCAGCCUGCCCCUGGAGGGCGCGGCCCCGCCACUCCACGGCUCGCCGGGCCCGCCCUCCCGCACCGCGGGCCACGGCGACGGAGGCCGCGAGGCGCAGGGCCCCGCCGCGUACGCGGACUGCGCCAGGAACAGCGACGCGGCCCGCAGGGGCUUCGACUUCCCAGGCGACGCGGACUUCUGCCUCAAGCGCGACCGAGCGUCCGGCGACUUGGCGUGCGCCUACGGGGGCGGCCGAGACGGAGGCGCGGCGGCGGCGCUGCCUCCGGAUGGAUGGGGUCCGCUGGUCGUGGCACAGGGGCUCGAGGCGCGGCGCGAACAGAACUUUGGCCGGGGCGGCCCGGGCACCGCGGAGGGGAUGGGCGGGGCCGACCCUCGCGGGAACGGUGGCAGGAACGCCCGGGCACCGACGGCCGCGGACGAGGGUCGUCCUUCGCCGGCGCAGCGGCCCCUGUGCCGCGGCACGGUGCUCGUGUCGGCGCCCGGCGCCACCGCCCGCACUCUCUCGGCCCCCUCCUCCGUGGCCGCCCUCGGGGUCGUGACCUCCGGGCCGACCCCGAGGUCGCCGCCCGCUGACGCCGCCGACCUCGCCGGCGCUGCUCGGGUUCACCGCCGGCAAGAAGCGCGCCCGGCGGGCGUGGCCGGAGUCGGGUACGCAGAGCCGGGACAAGACGGGCGCGGUGCAGUGCGGACGCAGCUGCCGGACGUCUCCAGCUGCAGAGCGGUGGCGCCUGCGCCCCCUCCUCCUCCUCCUCCUCUGCCGCCACCGCCACCGCCGCACCUGACACGUGGGGCGGUGAUCGCGCUGGCGAGCGGGGAGCUGAAGCGCGUGGAGGAGCUGAGCACGGAGGACUUUGUGCGCAGCGCGCGUCUGUGUGCGAGCGUGCGCGUGCACGCGAGCCGCGUCGCCGCGGUGCAGCCGCUGUCCGGCGAGCCUGGGGAGCCCGCGGGAGGCCGCGUGCGGCUCCACUUCUGCCUGGGCGAGCGGCGCGGCCAGGUGAUGCUCGAGGUGCAAGCGGAGCACCCGUUCUUCGUGUUCGGCCGCGGCUGGGCAUCGUGCGAGCCGGCACUCUCCCUGCGCCUCCUCGGCCUUGCCUGCCGACAGCUGUGCGUGGGCGACAUGUGCGUGUCGCUCACGACGCAGCCCAGCGGCGCCGACGAUGACACCGAGCACCACCACCACCAGCAGCAGCACGAAGAAGAGUUCCAACAGCAGCAGCAGCAGCAGAAACAUCAGCUGCAGCUACAGCAGCAGCACAAGAAGCAGCAUGAGUGUCAACUCCAUCAACAGCAGCAGCAGCAACAGCUUUACCACCAGCAGCAGCAUCAACUUCAGCAGCAGCAUCAACUUCAACAGCAGCAGGAGCGCCAGCUGCAGCAACAGCAGGAACGGCAGCUUCAGCAGCAGCAGCAACAGCAGCAGCUGCAACAGUUGCAGCAACAGAAUCAGCAGCAACAGCAGCAACAACAGCAGGAACGCCAGCUUCAGCAACAACAGCAGCAGCAGCUACAACAGCAACAACAGAAUCAGCACCUCCAGCACCUGCAGCAGCAGCAGCAGCACUUGGGCUGGAGUCGCCGCGUGUCGCUGGGCGCGUGGGAACGGGGCCACGGUGGGGAUGAUGUUCCGGACGGGCACGGGGAAGGUGGCGGCCGCGGGGGCCUCCGAGGCGGCUGGGCCGUGGCACCGCCGCAGGGGAACGGGGCCCAGCUGGAGCGGCGGCCAGGAGACCACGGGGCGCGGCACUCGGUGACGUGGCAGCAGCAAGAGGCCGACGACGACGACGAGGAGGAGGACGACGAGGAGGAUGACGACGUGGAGGGCCUGGUGGAGGCGGCGGCCUCGUGCGCCGACGAGGUCACGGAGCUGAGCGAGAGCCGCAAGCGGCGGCGGUGGUCGGCGCCGGAGGGAGCGGGAGUCGCCGACAGGGGCCUGGGUCCGCGUGCCGUACCGCGGCACGCGCCGCACCGCCCGGGACUCAUCCCCCACGCCCUCAAGGUGUCCAUCGAGGGGCGCUCCACUGCCGGGAGAUGAAGCGACCUUCGUGGUCCGACGGGUGGGGAGGCCGAGGCAAUUGUCCAGGCUGCGCGAGGUAGAAGCCGGCGAAGGGGGUUAGAUGCCUCAUUUCCAUGACCGCUGGGAACUUGGGGCCGUGGUGGCUCCAGUUGAAGUCCCAGGGCCUCAGGCCCCGGUCCCCACACUCGAUGAUCCCGUGAGCUCAACCGCUCCCGAAUUCGUCCAUUACCUCCCCCGGCUUUACACGGCCACGCAACCGUGGUCAGACGUGGGUGUUUGCCGAGUUUUGACUCAGGUAUGCACAAGGCUCGGCCGUGUCGAAGAUGAAGUUUGCGCGCAUUUUUUGCUGCCGCGCAAAUUUUUUUUGACGCAGCCGACAAGUGAAUCCGAGCGAGCGGUGUCACAGGACGCUCGUCGCAUCCCCACGUUGGAUCCCUUGACAUCGCAGCGGGUUCUGUGGCUCGUUCUUCUCCUCCAAGCGAGUGACUCGGCUUGAGAAGAGAAGUCGGUGGCCUCUCUGGCCCAGCCCGGAGCCAGUGUGAGGAAGUAUUUUGACCCCCGUAGACUGUAAUGCGCGCCCCCCGGGCAUUCAUACUCUACGUGAUUUGAACCUCCGGGGUACAAAUUAUAUUCAAGCAAUAUGGGUUCCCCGUCGACAAAUGUUCCUUCCCUCUCUGGGUCAGUGCUACCUACACUUAGGGUUAGGGGGGUCUGCCCAUGGUUCCUGUGGUGUAUUCUGGCAAGACAAACAGGCCAACUCCCACCAUUAUCGCAGCUGUGAGGAUAGAAGGAUGACCCAAAAUGGCUGGAGAAGGGGUGGGGGGAGUUAAACGCCUACA